UUGUACCUGUUCCAAGCGAUAUCGAUAUUGCAACUUCACAAACACCUAAACAUAUUAAAGUUCUGGCUGAAGAAUUGGGACUGACCCCGAAUGAGUUUGACUUAUAUGGGCAAUACAAAGCCAAAGUAAGUCUUUCAGUUAUUGAAAGAUUGAAAUCGCGAAAAAAUGGCAAAUAUGUUGUUGUAACAGGAAUAACGCCAACACCAUUAGGUGAAGGCAAAUCUACAACUACCGUUGGUAUAGCACAAGCAUUGGGUGCGCACUUGGGAAAGCUUUCAUUUGCAUGUGUUAGGCAACCUUCACAAGGACCGACAUUUGGCAUCAAAGGAGGAGCAGCUGGUGGUGGAUAUGCUCAAGUCAUUCCAAUGGACGAAUUCAAUUUACAUUUAACAGGAGAUAUACAUGCUGUUACCGCAGCAAACAACCUGUUAGCCGCUGCAAUUGACGCACGGAUGUUUCAUGAAAAUACCCAGAAAGAUAAAGCUCUUUUCAAUCGCUUAUGCCCAGCUAAAAAUGGUAUUCGUGUCUUUGCCCCUGUAAUGUUGAAGCGAUUACAAAAGCUUGGAAUUGAUAAGACCGAUCCUAAUGAUUUAACCUCUGAAGAGAUUAGCAAGUUUGUUAGGCUAGACAUUGACCCUGAGACUAUUACAUGGCAAAGAGUAAUUGACACAAAUGAUCGAUUCUUACGACGCAUUACUAUAGGACAAAAUUCCACAGAAAAAGGUCAAACGCGUUCGACAGGGUUUGACAUUUCGGUUGCCUCCGAAUGUAUGGCAGUGCUCGCAUUAAGUACGUCUCUUGAAGACUUGCGAGAAAGAUUGGGUAGAAUGGUAGUGGCUACGAAUAAAGCUGGUGAUUCUUCUAUAACUGCAGAUGACCUUGGUAUAGGAGGUGCAUUAGCAGUAUUAAUGAAAGAUGCGAUCAAACCAAACCUUAUGCAGACGUUAGAAGGAACACCCGUGUUUGUCCAUGCUGGUCCAUUUGCAAAUAUUGCACACGGAAAUAGUUCUAUAUUAGCAGAUAAGAUUGCACUUAAAUUGGCGGGAGUUGAGUGCGAUGCGGAAGGGAAUCCAGUGGAAGGAAGCGAAGAAGGUUAUGUGAUAACAGAAGCAGGAUUUGGGGCUGAUAUUGGAAUGGAAAAAUUCUUCAAUAUCAAAUGCAGACUAUCAGGGUUGAUACCUGAUUGUGUUGUUAUAGUUUCUACAGUUAGAGCUUUGAAAAUGCAUGGUGGUGGGCCUGAA